UCCUUUCCUCCCUCGAGCAGUGAGGGGAUGUGUUGUAUCAUCCAGGCUGCCCGGCACACGCUCAGUCCUCCAGUCGGAAAUCCCACAGCAGCCUCAUCAUCACCAUCAUGGCCCUCAACAUCCCCGGCGUGGCCGUCAUGGUGUUCUUCUACCUGCUGGUCCUCGGCAUCGGCAUCUGGGCUUCCUUCAAGUCCAAACGGGAAGCCAAGAAGGGCGACGGGGAUAUAACCGAGAUGGCACUGCUUGGCAACCGGGGCAUCAGCCUGGUCGUCGGCAUCUUCACCAUGACAGCGACGUGGGUCGGAGGUGGAUUCAUCGUGGGCACCGCGGAGGCGGUCUACAACCCCUCCAUGGGACUGAUCUGGGCCGUGAUGCCCAUCGCGGCCACCAUGUGCUUCGUCAUCGGUGGCCUGUUCUUCGCCGAGCCGAUGAGAAACAAUAAAUACGUGACCAUGAUGGAUCCAUUCCAGAUCAAAUAUGGAAAAGUACCGACGGCCGCUCUGUCUCUGGCUUCGCUCGCAUCAGAGAUUAUGUGGGUAACGGGAACACUCAUAGGAUUAGGUGUAACGAUGAGUGUGAUCCUGAAUUUGUCCUACACUGUGAGCAUCUGGAUUUCGGCUGCUGUGGCCAUCACCUACACCCUGAUGGGAGGUCUUUACUCUGUGGCCUACACGGACGUCAUACAGCUCAUUCUCAUUUUCAUCAGCUUGUGGCUGUGUGUUCCUUUCGCGAUGAUGGGCCCCGCUGUGUUGGACAUCACCGAGACAGCCUACAACUCCACCUUCCAGUCUCCGUGGGUCGGUACCCUGGAGGCAGACAGGGCCUGGAGGUGGAUCGAUAACUUUCUACUCCUGGGUUUGGGGAACUUGGGUCUUCAGAACUUCCACCAGAGGACGCUGUCAGCCGCCUCCUCGGCCACGGCCAAGAUCACCUGCUUCGCUGCGGCGUUCAUCGUGCCCACGUUGGGCAUCCCUCCCAUACUGCUCGGUGCAGUGGCUGCAUCAACAAACUGGAACUUGACCUCUUAUGGUUCUCCGUCUCCGUAUAUGCGCGGGGAGGCGGGACUCAUCCUGCCCCUCGUGCUGCAGCACCUCACCCCGACCUACAUCUCCAUCAUCGGCAUCGGGGCGGUGGCCGCCGCUGUGAUGUCAUCCACUGACUCCGCCUUGCUGUCCGCGGCCUCCAUCUUCACCGCCAACAUCUACAGGAACAUCCUGAGGCCACAGGCAUCGGAGAGAGAGAUCCAGUGGGUGAUCCGGCUUUCGGUGGUGGUCGUGGGCCUGGCCGGUACGUCUCUCACCUUCCUGGACAACAGCGUGCUGAUGAUCUGGAUGCUCCGGUCCGACCUCACCUACACGCUCAUGCUGCCGCAGCUCGUCUGCGUCCUCUUCUUCAGCAUCUCCAACGGUUACGGCGCCGUGCUGGGCUGCGCGGUGGGCACGGUGCUGCGGGUGCUGUGCGGGGAGCCGCUGAUCGGGCUCGCACCCGUCCUCAAGUUCCCCGGAUGCACGCUGGUGAACGGCGUUUACGUCCAGCGCUCCCCGAUCAGGACCAUUUGCAUGCUGUCUGCCUUUUUGUCGAUCUUGCUGUUCUCCUACCUGGCGGACCUGCUCUUCAACAAAGGCCUGAUCCCGGAGAAGUGGGAUGUUUUUAACGUGAAGACGCAGUACUCUAAACAAUCACAAGGCGACGCCGUGUCCGAAACGAAGGACGAGAAAUUGAAAGAGGCCAACGAGAACAGUGACGCGUGUGAACCUAUGAUCGAAUCGACAUGUUAAGUAAGAAAGCUCAUUUCAGUACAUUUUUUUUUUUUUUUUUUUACAUUAUACAUCAGUAAGGACUGGAUUAUUAACGAAUGUUUGCAAUGUGUAACGACAUCAUUUUAACAGUACAAUAUAUUUUGAUUUUUUUGUAUACUUUUUAUAUACAACAUAAAUGGAAAGAAAAAAAAAAAACAUCACACCUAUGCUCUUUGUUAUUAUAGGAGCUCAGCUAUAUUUUUAAUGGAUGGAUAAGUAACAGAACACACCGCUGGGCACACACAAGUAGAACGGGCCCCCCCCCCCCCCCCCCCCCCCCCCCCCCCCCUCCUACGAAACUAAAAUAUUCAUAGUUGUGUCAUAGAUUGACCAUAAGCGCUGCUGUUGAUUUAACUUUAAUUUAUUUUUCAGGAGGACUGUUUUAGCCCCUCUCAAAUCUCCCGACUAUUACACACCAUGCUAUCGGUGCACACAGUUUACUAGGAAACCAUUAAAGGACACCUGCUGUGAAGGCCAUAAUCUUCUUAAAGCAGAGCUGCGCAGCUGUCAAACAUACACACUUUGAUGUGGGCUUAUUGUAACCUUGGUUUGCACUGUGGAAAUACAACGAAAUAUCCGAUCGGAUUUUGAUAUUGGCAGGUUACUCAAUGUCAAAAGACUCGGGACCGAGAUCAGGGGCAAAAUAAAACACCAAGUAAGACGUCGCUGCAUUCGAGUGAGCUUUUCUUAUUUUUUUUGAACUUCCAAAGACAAACAGUGAUAAAAGUCACUUAAAGCUCGAGCACGCUAGGCUCAUGAGAUAAUCCCCUCGAAGCUUUAAAAAAAAGAAGGUAAUUUUAUAUUUGAACCCACCACACAAGUCCUGGUUUUCAAAGCAGGCAUUAGCAUUUAAAAACAAUAGCUUUCCCCCAGUAAAGUAUUGAAACCGAGGCGUGACCGAGGGCUUAAUACUGCUGACGCAGCGAAAACAAGAGGAAAGAAAACCAACAGGGCUGCUCAAACAACCCAAUAACGCCCACGGAUUUAAUUAUGGCGUACUCAUGGCUGAGCAAAACAGAUUAGAUGGAAGCAAAAGGGGGCUUACGGUGGCCUGGCGCAUUUAAUAGAAAUCGGUUCAUUUGAAACGUUUAAAACAAACCUCAUUUUCUUUUACACAUGCACUUUAUAGUUUUAAAAAAAAAUCGUACUGGGACAUUAUUUCAGGGUCCAUUGUCGGGCGGUGGUCAAUGCGACGUGUCUUUUUACACCACAACUGAUUGUUUUUAAACACUACGCCGCCGUCAACAUAAUCAACCAAAUGACUUCGACAACGAAAAGGGAAGUUCUCGCGACAGCCGACCACGAAUCAUGCCAAACGCAGUGAUUCCCAGCGGACUACUUCCUUUUUUUUGUUUGUUUUUGUUGACGAAUGCAAAUAUGAGGAAAAAGAUAUACAAAUGCGGUAAAUCCCUUUUUCUUUUUUUUUCUUUUUAAAUCCCAUGGAAAGCAUUUGGAGGUGUGCCGACCGGCCUUCACUCGUGACUGCUGGCGUAAUGGAGAGCUUCAUGGGUUCGUAUUGAGGGAAUUAAAAACACUGCGUAUAUAUAUAUAUAUAUAUAUAUAU